AUACUCAAAAUGAUGAAUCAACAAAACAAAAUUCCUUAGAGCCGGAACUUAGUAAACUUGAUAAAAUUCCAAAGUUUGAACCAUUGGUUAAACCAAAUGUCAAUGAUUCAGGUUUUUCAUUAAUUGGAUUUUGGAACUCUUCUAAUCAUUCAAUGAAUAAAAAUGAAAAAGAUCCAUCUUUUAAUUAUGAUUCUUUAUACAAUUUUUUCAACAAUUAUCAAACACACAUAAGAAGAUGCGUUGAAGAAAUAUGCGAAGAUCAAAGAAUUAUAAUGGAUACAGUUAAGCACGUGGAUGAAUAUUGUGCAAGAAUUAGUCAAUCAAUGUUAAAUGCUCAAUUACAAACAAAGAUAAAUCAAGAACAAAUUAAUCAACCCAAUAAUCAUCUUAAACCAUUUCAAUUUGAGACAAAAAGGGUUUCUUUACAUCAACCAAAAGCCUAUACCAAUGUAGUAGCAGUAGUAUCGUUUGAUAAUGUCUUGUCUGAUAAACAUCAAGACCUUGAUGAUAUAUUAAAAUCUACAAAUCAGUCUACUGAUAAAUCUACCAAUAAAUCUACCGAUAAAUCAAAUACUCCUACUUCUACCAUUGCUUCGCCUUCAAUUUCAACAACCUCAAUAGAAAGCGUUGUUUCAGAUAGAUUAAAAGAAUUUGUUUUGAGUAAUAAUAACACAUCAUAA